AAUUGUGACUUGAAUCUAAGAGUUGAUGCUAAUGGUAUUAAAGCUCAGCCAUUGUCUGUGGAAGGAUUUGCUUUUAUGUGGGCUGGAGCCAGAGCGAUGUUUGGUAUCAAAACUGGGAAAGUGGCAUAUGAAGUGAAACUGUUGGAAAAUUUGAAUGUUGAUCAUCUACCAUCAGAAGAAAGUAAUCCCCAUGUUUUACGUGUUGGUUGGUCUACAGAUAGUACCUCUCUACAAUUAGGUGAAGAGCCAUUUUCAUAUGGUUUUGGAGGUACAGGCAAAGCUUCAACAAAUUGUGAAUUUAUAGAUUAUGGUCAGACAUUCACUCAAGGAGAUGUUAUUACAGCUUAUUUAGAUUUGGAGAGUGAGCCAGCUAUUAUUUCUUAUUCUAAAAAUGGAGAGGACCUUGGUACUUGUUAUGAAAUAGAAAAGGCUACAUUAGAAGAAAAAGCUAUAUAUCCACAUAUUCUUACUAAAAAUACAGAGUAUGAGUGCAACUUUGGAAAGAGGGAAGAACCAUUCUUUCCAUUAAAAGAAGGAUAUAUGUUUGUGGAAGCUGUACCACAAGAAGAAAGAGUUCGAGGAGCUGUACCACCUGCUAAAAAAGAAGAUUGUGAGAUGAUAAUGAUGGUAGGAUUACCAGGUGCUGGAAAAACAACCUGGGCAACUAAACAUGCUGAAUCUAAUCCAGAUAAAAAAUUCAACAUGCUCGGUACUAAUAAUGUAAUUGAUAAAAUGAAGGUAAUGGGGUUACCGAGAAAACGCAACUAUACAGGAAGAUGGGACGUAUUGAUUGAUAUGGCUACCAAAUGUUUAAAUAGAGCUAUUGAAAUAGCUGCUCGUAAAAAACGCAAUUAUAUUCUAGAUCAGACAAAUGUGUAUGGCUCUGCCAGAAGGCGUAAAAUGCAACCAUUUGAAGGAUUUCAACGUAAAGCUGUAGUAAUAUUGCCAUCGGAUGAGGAUUUUAAAAGCCGUAUUGCCCAAAGAGAAAAAGAGGAAGGAAAAGAUAUACCUGAAAAAGCAGUUCUUGAUAUGAAAGCUAAUUUCACUCUGCCUGAAGAAGGUCAACUGUUUGAUGCAGUAGAGUUUGUAGACUUGAAUAAAGAAGAGGCAGAGAAACUAACUGAAGUGUACCGUAAGGAAGGACUAGCAGCUAAUCCUGAACGGCGCUGGAGAGGAAGUGAUAGAUGGUCAGGUAUGAACUCUGGUUAUUCAGGCAGCAAUUGGGGUAAAAAUCAGGGUUGGGGAAACCAGGGCUGGGGAAACCAGGGCUGGGGCAACCAAGGAUGGGGACAAGGCUAUGGUGGUGGUUGGGGAGGUUACAAUCAGUCAGGAUCAGGAGGAUAUAACCAGGGCUGGGGAUCAGGAUGGGGCAAUCAGAAUUAUUGGCAAGGUUAUCAAGGCUCUGGAAGUAGUACUAGUAGUGUACCAGACUAUAGUCAAUGGUAUGGACAAUACAAUAACACCAACAAUUCUAGUGGUACUGGAGGCAGCAGUGGACAGUCCAAAUAA